UCAUAAGAAGACAGCCAGCAAUACAAUUCAUCCAACAUGGAAUACGACUUGUACAGGAAGAAGAAAUUAGCAACUGUUUUCAAGGACAGCCCUUAUAAAGUGCAUGACCGUGUAGAAUUUGCCGCACUUACAAGACGUUUGUUAUUUGCCUCUGAAGAAGUAAUAGACAACCCCCUCCAUUUUGAAAUCUGUUGGGGAUCUCCUUUCAAACUGCGACCUGUAACAACAGUUUUGAAAACACAUUUUCCUUCCAUGCAAAUGAUAGAGGCAGCAAAGUUGUUAGAAACCCAAAGACUUGAGAACAUUCAGCGCCAGAAGAAGCUCGCACAGCAAGUGGAGUCAGAAUUCAGAUGCAGGGUAUUUUUGGAAAGAAGACCACUGCCCCCAAGUGGUCCCAACUAGACCUUCUUCCCAUUGAUGAUUGUUUUGCUCCUUCAGCAAUAAUAGUUGUCAUUUGCAGAAGCAAUAAGCAAAUUAUUAGAGU